AGUAGCGCGGGUUCCAUUACUCUCCAGGAGCAGGGGACGGGACGGGGCAGUGAGCACCGGCGAUGGAGGCGCUGAACCGCGCUUUCGGGGCCUUUCCUACCGCCCUGGCCGGAGGCCUCGGGCUCGGUAUCUGCGCUACCGGAGCUGCCAUCUACAGGGUGGCCACCAGGAAGAAGCCGACUCAUGUGAAGGUGAAUUGCUGGUUCUGCAGCCAGGAUACAACCGUACCUUAUGGGAACAGAAACUGCUGGGAUUGUCCAAACUGUGAGCAGUACAAUGGCUUUCAAGAGAAUGGAGACUACAAUAAGCCAAUUCCUGCUCAGUACAUGGAACAUCUGAAUCACAUGGUCACCAGCUGGGCAACACCCUCUCAAGCUUCUAAAAUUCAGCAGUGGCCGAAUGGGCAAAUUCUGUUCUGCAAGAAAUGCAACAGCAACCAGCCCCUGAAGAUCAAGCAGUUGGCAUCUUUUGUGCCUCGGGAUGAGGAUAAGUAUGAAGAAGAAAUUGAGGUAUAUAAACACCAUCUUGAACAGACUUACAAGCUAUGCCGUCCCUGUCAGACAGCGGUGGAGUAUUAUAUUAAACACCAAGAUCGACAGAUUCGCGCAAUUCUAUUUGACCAUCAACUUCGUCGUCGAGAAGCGGACAAAACCUUUGUGCAGAGUUCUCAUUAUUCCAGCCUUUCCACCCCACUCAAAGUGUUACUGCUUCGAUUUGUGGCCUUUGUUAGUUGUGCUGUGUUGGUUGCCAUGGCAGUAUAUGGAUCAGGUGAUUCAUUUAUGGGCCAGAAACCUCCAGCCGGAAUGCAUGUGGUCGAUCCGGUGUCACAUCUAUCCAAUAGCAGCAAUGAAGCUAUUUCAGUAUCUGCCCCUGUUGAAAAUGUCACUGGCUGGGAACAGCUGUGGGCUGUGCUGCCGGAAGAAAUGCUGACGAACCUGCAAGCCAUGUGGGAGUAUGGGAAGAACCACCAAAUGGCUGUUGUUACCACUGGUCUGUUCACUUGCCUAUUGGCUGUACUUCUAGCUGGGCGCAUAAGGCUUCGGAGGAUUGAUGCACUGGCUUCUCUACUCUGGCUUGCAGUGAUGGGCUUGCAUUUGAUGGAGAAUUACCUGCAAACCGAUGUUCCUGGUUGGCUUGACACUCUAAAAUUCAGCACCACAUCCCUGUGUUGUUUGGUGGGCUUCACUGCAACAAUCGCUACUCGGAAGUCAAUUGGCCAGCGCCGAUACAGGGCACGAAGGUAUAUGUCGGGCGAAUCGAUCAACUCUUUCUGCAGUGACGGUGCUCUUCCACCCAGUGUUUCAAGUUUGGCCACCUCGUUCAUUCCCAUCCCUCCUAGUAUUCCACAACUGGCAAGACAGCAACUAUGUCGGACAACAAGACGUAAUUCUCCCUGCUCACUUCCUGGUCGCCUAAACCGAGCCCUGUCACUGGGCACCAUCCCAUCCCUGACAAAGACAGAUUCAGGCUAUUUGUUCAGCGGGAGUCGGCCACCAUCCCAAACCGCUAUCUCCAAGGAUUCACCUCCUUCUGAUUAUUUCUCCUUGAAGUCCGGAAGCCGACCAUCUUCCCCCUCAAUAUCGCCAACUCCAUCAGUGGCAGGAUCGGUGACAUCCAGUUCUGGCUCCUUGCACCACCGGCGGCCACUCAUCAGCCCAGCACGUCUCAACCUCACAGGACAAAGACUCCGACUGUUCACAGAGCAUGUUGCCAUUCAGCAGAGGCCAGGAAAGUUGAUCCGUAAAGCCUGGCCAUCUCCAAACAUGUUGGACACCAACGUUUCCGGUAACGUCCUGGCACAGGAUGUGACCCACGUCUCUUCUCAUAGUCACAAUGCCAAAUCUGCUGAAGGAGGGAGUAUAUACAGUGAGACAACUGGCCAGAGGAAAGAUAGCUCUUCCAGAUCCUCAGCUUGUGUGGUUGAUACCACCACCAAUGUUGGGCAGCAGGCAGCCGACAGUGCCCGAGGAUGGAAAGGACUUUGUGGAAACAUCCUGUGGACAAGUCUCCUGGGAUUAAGUCUGACUGCAAAUGUGAUCUUUGCCUCAGUCUACCUCUACCAGGGUCUGCACUGAUCAGAAAACACUAAUUCAGGAAACCUUCUACAGAAGCUGUCAAAGAUUUACGGCUCAGUCGACUGCUCCUUAUCUUACAGCCUUGCGCUACAGAUGAACACUGCCUUUGCAUUGCCAGUAAAUCAUCCCUCUGCUUUCAUUGACAACUUCCAGGGUGCAGGCAAGUUACAGGAGUAUAAUGGGAAGGAUGCAGCCUGUCUGCUCCUCCCAACAGGAAUGGUGAUUGGAAUCUGUCCCAUCACCUAUCCUGCAAAUUUGCAUUUGCAUUUUGAAUGAGUUUGAUCUGGGCUCCAUUGCAUUGUAUUUAUUUCUGUAAAACAUGUCAACUGGUGCUUAUAUGCACAAGAAACAAAAGCACAUUGAUGUGGCUUACUACUGCAUUGAGUGAAUGCCAAGAGAAUGCAGUUUAACUCACUAUUGAUGACCCAUUGUUAAAGUUCUUUCUAUUCUUAUGUGUAUAUAUAUAUUUUUUUUAAAGAUGUUAGGCCUCAUUUCGUUUAUAUGACUUUUUCCAACCGAUGUAGUUUUCUUUUUGCUGCUUUAAUCUCAAACUUUGCAAAGCGAAGUAAAUAUAGCAUUGAAACAGUGUUCCAUGUUCACUGGUCGGGUGAAGAAACGAUGUACAAUGGCAAUGUAUAGCACUCAGUAACGUAUGUUCAUCUCUGCACUGCCUCUGUGAUUCAGCUCUCCCAGCUACUUUACAAUUUGUACGUCUGUGAUCAGCGUAACAUCCCACUGGCUGCUGGGUAACAAUCCGCAAUUGGAAAACAUGUUUUGUAAAAAUGUCGAUGCCACUCCGGAGGAAUAAAACAGAUUGAGCCUCGUGCGUCACUGAAGUUUACACACAAUCGUUUAAAAUAUGCUGGAGUGACAUAAGCUAAAGAAACUGGGAACAUUUUGUGCAUCUGGCCUUUCUAAAAAUGAGAAACCUUUAGUAAUAAGACACAGAUGUGGUGAAAGUAACUUAAAUUUGACUUCUCUGAGUGUGUUGGGUUUUUUUUCCUCUUCACUUUAAAGUUGGACAUGAUUCGUCGGACCAUCUUUUCUUGCUUAUUACCUCAUGCACUCAUGUAAAAGUCACACUUUUUAGACUAGUUUUAAGGCUAAAAAUCAUGGGUAUUACAUACAUAAUAUUUUUCAAAGAGUUAAAAUACUGAAUUUGGACCUGAACAAAAUCCAAAAUCCAAAAGCACAAAGGAGUAAAGUAAAAACCAACAUACUAAAGAAUCCAUAUUAAUUUCUAAUGUUUACUUAUUUUCUAACUUUAGGAAUCUAAUCAAUUUCAACUCUAUGAUUAUUCUGUGGUUUCCAAAUUCAUGGGCUUUGAUCACUUUAAAAAAAAACUAGGGAAAUCGUUUACAUGAGAUGAUCUGAAAAAAAUCCACUUUAAGCCAAAAAUCAUGGGGUCAACUUUUACAUGAAAUCUACUUUUACAUGUGUGUGUAAGGUAAUUCUCAUCAAAGUGGAUUAUUCUAAGAUACAAGUGCAGUAGGAACUAUUUGGAGAGAAAAGGAAGUCUAGCACUACAAAGGGUUAACGCUACAUUGUAUGUUUCCAGUCCACACAUUCUUACACGGUUCAGACUGACCUGCUACAGCUCAACUUACUGCCAAGUGAUACUGACCAGGGCGAAUGGACAUUUGCAGCUGAACAAAUGGGUAGAAUCAAUUCUCUGAGGGACCCCUUAUCCCUCCUUCCUUUCAACCAGUUGGCUCAACAAAGUGAAACCUUUGAAAUGAAGGCAAAUAUGAAACUAUUUUUGAAGGGGGGUGUACAGAGUCGGGGUUGGGAAUAGCUAUCAUCAAAAACACUGUUCUUGGCUUCCAGAUCACAGUCGAUGCCUUUGUUGUCUGCUGUAGGUAAGGAUAGUGCCUCAGGGAAGGUAUACCUAAAUGUAGGCUGGUUAGCUGUGGUAGAGCUGUGUUAAAUAACAGCAUACAGACCCUCGAGUUAAAUUCACAGUUGAUACCAAUGAACGUGGCUCUAUUUUAAAGCAGACAUAAAGAAUCAAGAUACGAUAACUGUCCUGGGUGGGAUCCAUUAGAUCUUCUGAGGUUGAACUAAACUCCAGCCUAAACGGCCAUCUUUCAAUGAUCAUGCAUGCCCCUAGGGAUAGGAGAUAACACUGUCCUUUAGAUGAGAAAACAUGAACACUUCCAAUAUGUAGAAGGUAAAUAGUUGGCCAAAUUAAUAACUCUCAAUUCUGCUCUGAGUUGAACAUGGUCUGACUGCCACGUAGAAAUGGUAGACUGUAUGGAGUUGUGUGUUUCUGGAUUUAGGAGUUUGGCUUUAAUCACAGCCAAACACUCGGAAGGGGAUUGGCAACGGUGGCAAGUUACCAGCGGCAUGAGCAUGGCUCCCUUUACACUGUUUACCAACAAAACACAUGCAUUCACUACUCAAGAACUCGAGUCUUGAUUUCUUAUUUUCCGGCUCAUGAGACAUGGGCAUCGUGGGUUGGGCCAAAAUUUAUUGCGCAUCUCAAAUUGCCCAAAGUUUGUUCAGAUUCAGACCAAGUAAGGACAGCAGGUUCCUUUCCUAAAGGACAUUAGUGAGCCAGUUGGGUUUUUAUGAGAAUCGACGAUUAGAUAAACAAUUAAUUCCACAAUUUUUAAAAACUGACUUCAAAUUCCACCAUGUGCCAUGAUGGGCCUGUGAAUCUGGGUCUCCAGAACAUUACCUGCAUCUCUGAAAAUAGCAUUAGGACAUUCCUUUCCUUUAAUUUGCAUUCAGUUUCCCAAUCUCAGAAGCAACAAAGUCUGCUGAUAAAAAUCCAGCUUAUCUUUCAGAAUAACCAACAUGAGAAGAACACCUAUUGACCGACAAUUCUGGUUACAAUUUACAUUGCAGACUCCUCUACAUUGUUAGCAUUGUAUAAGUGGGAUAGUGCAUUGUUAGUAUGUUAUAAUGAGUGUUAUGUUGAGGAAGUGAUAAAAUAUUCCUCAAAACAUUUAACUUUUAUUGACAAAUGAAACACAGUCAAGGAUUUGGUUGAGUCAGCACUGAAACUGUUCCCAUAAUUCCAAAACAGACGUUCAUACUUUAUGCUUUCACAAACAGACCAAAGUCAUGUGCAGAUUAUAUUUGUGCUUUAGUUAGUACAGAAAAGCUUAAAUUUGGGACUGAAAAGAAGCAGAAUCUAUUUAUGAACUUACACAUGCAUUAAGAAAAAUCUACUGCUGUGUUCCGGACACUAAAAGUGAAGCAAAGAACAGAACUGACUGUCCUGCUCCAGUAUGUCUCUCCUAGGUUUUUACCAAUGUACAGAACUCAGAUUAUUUAAAGCUAUUUGGCCACAGUAACUACUUUGAUGUUGGCCACGCCUAACUAUUCUGGUGGGCUUUUGCUUAGCUUGUGCCAACCUUUGAGCUUUGUGCUGCCAGUCGAAUUGUUUGCUGUUUGUGCAUGGUUUCUUGCAUGUGCCACUCAGAAAUGUGAACGUCCUCCAUUUAUUCUGUGAUUUCCUGGCAGCAUCCCACUCUAGCUGCGUGUAUCCUGUUGUUACUUUAUUGCUGCGAGCCUUUUCUCCCAUCCUAUUGUUUCCUGUCAUUCCUCCCAACAGUGUGAAUUGUGCCCUAAGAUUGCUUCCUUCAAGGAUUGCUGUCCCGCUUCUCCCAACUCAACCCAAAUCACAAGGUAUUUGGCAAAAUUUGAGUUGAUGAGGUGCCAGUCCAGUGUGAUGCUUUCGUAAUGUCAGCAAACAGGUUCAUCAUCAACCGGCAAAUCCUUCAGAUGUGCCAGUGUCAAGCAGUAAGAGGUGGUGGGUCUCUGCAUCAGCCUUACUCAAUGUGCAAAUGUGUCCCUCAAGCUGAAGGCUCUGGUGACCUGUUUCAGGCAAAAUCUAGAUGUACAUGUAGGCUUUCUCUGCCUGGUGCACCACUAGGCGAGAGAACAGAAGAGUUGAUGCAAAGCAGACACUGAUAGUGACUAUAGUCAUGUGCUGCCAUCUCAUUUGAGGGAGGGAGGGAUGGCAGAUGGUGAGAUAAACCUGAAGGUCACAACACCUGAGGUGAGGUUAGAAAAGUAAGACUUUCAUGGUAACCACAACUGGUGCAGGCAUUGAACGAAUUGCAAACCAGCCGUCCAACCCACUGAGCUAGCCACACACACUGAGCUAACUGUGCAGAUGCUACUUCACAGUCAUGUGCCCCCAAGAUAACAAAUGGGUGCAUAAGCAAUGAGUUCAGGAUCAAGCAGUUGAUCGUGGCCAAUACCAGGAUGAGUUGGAUCCAGUAAUGUAAAAUUCAAAGAACAAAUAGCUUCAAGUGAUCUGGAUUCUUGCUGUAAACUAAAACAAACAAAGAGAGGGGGCAGACAUUGUAGUACAUGCUACCUGGCUGAUGUCACUCCCACUUUUAUUUUAGCUGAGCUGUCAUACAAUCUGAUGCUUCCCUUCCCCCAGGCCAUUUUAAAGGGGUGGUUUUUAUGUGUGUUCUGACAUCACACAAUAGUUAACAAAGUCAUUCAUCAGCUUAAAUCUCUUUCAGAUUCUUCCUUUUGAGUCUGUUGCUUUGAUAUUGCAGCUUUAAUUCCUUCUGCGCUCAGUUAUGCCAGGGUUGUUUCAUUUUCUCAUUUCAGUACCAUUUUGCAAACAAAACUGCUUCUAAAACACUCUUGCCAAUUUUGUUAGUGUUUGUGGACAGGGAUAUUUGAUUCAAACAGUCCUCUCGGAACUACUGAAAGAAAAUACUGAAUCAUUUUGUCAAAUGAAUGCAGAGGUAGAGGAGGAGGCUGAGCUGCUUUGUGCUUUCUCCACAAGGUGAAGCUGAAAGCAAAUCUUGAAAUGGUUUAACAGUUUCUUUAUGCAACAAUUCAAAAACACAACAGUCCUCUCUCUGCUAGUGAGCCUACGAUUUUAUCUGUGUUGUUUACAGGAUCUGUACAGUGAAACAUCUUUUUAGUGGCAAUCUUUCACGGGAUCUCCCUCCCCCUAAAGCCCAAACAGCUGAAUGAUGUACAUAUUUUUUGCAUAUAUGCUGAUAUGUCGGGUUACUUCCUAAUUGACCUUUUUCACCCUCACUGUAUUAAUGCUGUUUGUGGAUUUUAUUGUUUGUAAGCCAGUUGAAAUUUCAGAAUGAUUUCUUCAACUCAUUUUUUGAGCUUCUCCUGCCUGGCCUUAUGUCAAGACAAAGUGGGACUGGUCAUACAAAAGGAAUGUGGGAUCACUACUAGAAAUGCAAGUUAAUGCUGUUAUAUGCCAUUUUGUUUAUUUUUAAAAGGAAAUAAAAGUUGAUUGGUGAAAAGUU